CACAUUACACCGUGUUAUGCCCUCCUGGUUUGUAUCCCUUUCAACAGGUGCUUGCUGAGUCCAGUCCUGCCCGGUACGGCUUCCUGUGGCGCUGGUUUGAUGAGAUCUAUGUCCUUCUGGACGUGCUGCUCCAGCAGCACUACCUGGCCACAUGCAGUGCUUCCUUUUCUGAAAACUUCUACAGCUUAAAGAGGAUCCCCACAGGAGACAGCAGACAGCAACCUCUGGCCACUGCUGGCCUGCCAAGGAGGCAGCACUGGAAGUCUCUCCUCUUGCUGGUUCUUGUUCCUUACCUGAAGGGAAAGCUGGAGAAACUGGUGUCCACCCUGAGGGAAGAGGAUGAGUACUCCAUCCACCCUCCCUCGUCGUCCUGGAAGCGCUUUUACAGAGCCUUUCUAGCUGCCUACCCCUUUGUAAACAUGACCUGGGAGGGCUGGUUUCUUAUCCAGCAACUGUGCUAUAUCCUGGGGAAGGCUCAGCAUCAUUCCCCCAUGCUGCGCCUGGCUGGGGUUCGCCUGGUCAGACUGACAGCGGAGGAUAUCCUGGCCCUGGAGAAGAAACUGGGGGGAACCACCUCACAUCAUACACCCAGCAUUAAAACCCGGGUGCAGUCAGCAGUGAGGAAAGCCCUGGGUGGCAUCGCCGUCUCCCUGUCCACUGGGCUGUCGGUCAGCGUGUUCUUCCUCCAGUUCCUGGACUGGUGGUACUCCUCCGAAAACCAGGAGACCAUCAAAUCUCUGACCUCUCUCCCGACUCCUCCACCCCCCGUGCACCUCGACCCCAGCUCCACUCUCCUGCCCAAGCUGAAGACUGUGUGUCCCCUGUGCCACAAAACCCGCGUCAACGCCACAGCCCUGUCCACGUCCGGCUUUGUCUUCUGCUACCGCUGCGCGUACGGCUACGUGAAGGCUCAUCAGCGCUGCCCCGUCACGGGCUAUGCCACGGAGCUGCAGCAUCUUGUCAAACUGUACUCUCCUGAGAGCUGA